AUGAGUUAAAAGAGAUUGCCUUCGGGCAAAUAAGAUAGACACAUUUAAGCAAUAAAGAAGUAUCAGGAAUAUGAAAACAGUAAGACGAGUUAGGCUAAACUGAAUGACAUGAUCAAGGGGACUAAAACAAUUUAAUUAUUGCCAAAGCCAGGGGAGUUUGUGACAGUUGCUUCAGACAAGUAAUCGAAUUAAUAGCCAUACAUGGAUAUCCCAAUUAAGGAUUUAUUAGAUGGCACUAAAACGUUUACAGAAUUGAAACUGCAAAGCAUAGAAAGACAAGCUUAGAGAUAGAUGAAGAAACCUAGGGAGAAGGAUAGAUUUGAUGAAGGAGUUUUGAGAAGAGAUGAUUUAAAACCGCCACAAAGUGAAUUGGAUGAAUUUGGAGUGGAGCGAGGAGUCUAACCAAAAUUUACCUAAAACAUCAGAGAAAUAAUGAAAAAUUAGCACAAAGAGAUGUUGGCUCCUUCUGAAUAAUUGAUUAAAGAUCUAUAAGAGAAAAGAUUGCCUUAGAUUUAACAUUCCCAUUCUCAAAAGAUUGUUCGUCCGAUUUCAGCCAAUUUUGUUAUUAAGGCCUUGAAUAUUGGAGAUGAAAAGUUGGAGAACUCUAAAGGGAUACAAUAACAGUUGUUUUAGACUAAGAGAAGUUAAUUAUAAUCUGCAAAGCCUAGAAAUUUGUAUGUGCCCCAUUUCCCAGAAGAAAUUAAACACUUGACAGGAUAUCAAACUAUUAAAUUAAAAGCAGAUGACUUUAUAUAAACAUACACAGAGGAGUAUUUGAAGGAAAAGGAGGAAAAAAUGUUGAAGAAACACUUUCAAGUUUCUGCUGUUGAUCCAAGAUUACAAUCCCCUUAUAUGAGAGUCAAUCCUAAUACAGGGUAGAUCAUUAGAGAAAAGUAGGAUGAAUUGGGGGAGUUAGAAUUAACAAAACAUAGGGAAAGACUAUUUAUGGCAUAGCCUUUUGAGAUGAAACAAAUCUUUUUACCUUUAGAUUACUAUUAUAUGGAGGACGAGUCAGGUGAUGAUUUAAUCGAAUAGUAUAAGGAGAAAGAAGGAAAGUGCUUUGGAUUUUCAAAGUGGUUCGAUACAAGUGGAAACUUCACUUGGGAGGAAUGCUUAGUUGAAAAGUAUAUUUAUGAUGCUGACAUGUAUGAGAUAAGGUUUCUAAAAUACAAUAAGACUAAAUAAGUAACUAGAGUGAAUCUUAGAUUUAAAAGAGAGAGUGAAGCUUAUUUCAAACAACAAUUAGAAAUAGCAGAUUACUAUAGAAAAAGAAGUGAAGUGUUUAUUAAGUAUAAUUACAUGAUAGAUAAAAUGGAUGAUCCAACAUCAUCGAUCUAGGAAGAUUAAUUAAUGAGAAUACAGCUAUUUUCAAUGGGAAUCUACUUUAAAUUGGGAUCUGUCAGAGAUCCUAUUGCAUUUUAUAAAUUGGACCCAUCCAUUAAGUUUAAUUUCAAAAGAUAUCUGAUUCCAAAAUAAUUAAGUAGAAUCGAUUAAGGUCCAAAAGAAUUGUGUAAGUUGAAGAAAUAUAGAUAUGAUUUAUUGGUUGAACUCUCAGAAGAGGUUAAGAAGUAAUUUAUCAGAGCCAAUCAUGAAAUUUAAUUUAAAAGGAUGUUGCCCUAUCAUGAAGAGAAGAAAGCCAUCUUUAAAGGAUAUUUGCCAGAAGAAUUAUUUGAACCAAAACAUGUAGAACCCAGAUUUCCAGUAUACGGCAUUGGGUAGCAAAAGUUUAUUGAAUUGUUUACCUACAUGAAGAAGAAUCUCCAUUAAGCUAUUUAAGAGAAAAACAAGGCUUUAUAAGAUGCCAACAUAAAUUUGAUUAAGUUGGAAGAAUAACAUCUAUUUUGUCAAAACUAUCUAGAACCUUAAGAUCUUCAUGAAUUGGACAAGGAUAUGAAAUUUAAGAUUGCAGAUGCCAUUAGGGAUUUGAAGACUAGAAUGUAUGAUGUGCAUUAUUUAAUUAUGGAAAUGAUUGAGGUUGAAGUUAAACAAUUGAAGGUUAUAGAAGAGGAAAGACUUAGAUUGAUUGUUCUUGAAGCUGAGAGACUCAAAAUUCAAGAACAAGGUUUAAUGAGUGAGACACUUAAACUAUUACAACAAUUUCAAAAGUUGAUUAACAUCAAGUUUGAACGAUCUGGAUUGGAAAUGUGGUAAAGGAGCAUAGCAAGAUUUAUCUCAUAUCUCAAAAUUGAUGUGGAUCCAAAUCUACCACCUUUGCAAUAAAUCUAUCAAUAUGCAAAGGAUAGAGAAUAUCGAGUCUUUAAUGAUAAUCUACUUAUCAAUAUAGAGAUCAAAGUAUAAGGACUUUAAUUGGUUCUCGAACCUAAUCCUGAAGAAAUUAAGAGAUCCUUAAAUAAUUACGUUUGGUUAGCGAUCAAAGAAUUGACUACUGUUCCUUGUAUGAGAAGUAGAGAAAUAGAAUCUGCAAGAGAAGAUAUGAUCAUGCAUAUCUUUACAGGCAUUGAUGAUGUUGAGAUACUUAAUAAUAAAUAACUUGUUCAAUAAUAUUUAGAUUAAAACUUUACUCUCUUUAAUGUAUAUUUUGAGAAAUUAAAUGAAUUUGAAUCUAUAUUGGAUUAUGAUAUUGAGAAGAGAUUAAAGAAGGGAUCAUUUGAAGAAUAUGCUAAGGAACUAGAUAAGUUAAUAAUGAUUAGAGAGGAUAUGUAAAAGUAUAUGUUUAAGAAAAAAUUGAAAUUAGGAUUUUAUUAUUUGAAUGUAGAACAAUAUCAAUAACUAUGUGAGGAUAGGUUGAGGAAAGCUUCGGAUAGUUUGUACGAAAAUUUAAUUUAAAAGAUUACUAAGGAGAACUUAAAGAUUGAAGGUGAGAUUAAGUAGAUGAUAUAGAAACUAACAGAAGAACCUAAAAAUCUUGAGGAGAUGGAUGCUUUGAGGACCUAUGCCAAAGACCAAUUGAAAGAAGAAUUGGUGAUAUUGAGUAAGAAAAUAAAUAAAGUAAUGGAGAAGAUGACUCUGAUGGAGAAGAUGAAUUAUAAGAUAAGUUAUUAGAAUUUUGAAAAGACUUGGAAUAUUUAUGGGAUGCCAUUGAAAUUGAUGAGGAAACAGGAAAAAUGUUUGAAAAGGCUAUAGAACAAUGAAAAGAAAUUCUAAGAAGAUUUGAUGACACAGUAGGGAGAGUUGAUUGGAGAAAUAAAUUACAUUAGCAAGGAAUUGAAUGAAUUAAUCAACGAAGAAGAUAUUAAUUAGAUAAACCAGAUUGCUAAUAGAUUUGCUGAUUUGGGGGAGAAGAUGGAAAGGGCAAUAGAAGAGGCAGAGAUAAUUAAUAGAAGAGAGGCCAUAUUGAAGUGGAAAUUGACCGAUUAUUAAGAAGUCGAUAAGAUCAAGAAACUAUUCACUCCUUAUUAUAAGGUAUGGGCCUUGGGUAGAGAUUAUUACUUCAAAAUUCCCCCUGCCUUGAGUGGACCAUUAAAUAACAUAGACAGAGAUUAAUUAACUUAGGAUGUAACAGAAGCCUGGACUGAGUUAUUUAAGUUGGAGAAAACGACAUUUAAAAUAAUCCCUCAUAUGUAUUAGGUUACUAUGGCUAUUAGAAAACUGUAUGAAGAUUUCAAACCUUAUUUACCGUUAAUCAAUGAUUUAAGAAAUCCAGCUUUGAAGAAGCAGCAUUGGAUUAGUUUAACAGCAUUAUUAAAAUUGGAUGAUGAUCCUAACUUCUCAUUAAAUACUCUAUUGGAGAAGGGAGUGAUGGACUUGAAGGAGGAAAUAAGGGAAAUAAGUGAAACUGCAUCUAAGUAGAGUUCAUUUGAAAGAUCAAUCAAUAAGAUGAAGAGUGAAUGGAAGAAUAUCAAGUUUGAGUUAAUUCAGUUUAGAGAUACUGACACACACAUCUUGAAAAGUGUUGAGCCUAUUUUAGACAAAUUAGACGAAGAUAUAACCAAGAUGAUGAGUAUAGCAAGUUCUCCAUUUGUGGCAUUUUUAUUACAGGAAGUUAAUUCUUGGAAGGCAUAAUUAUUUAGAGCGCAAGAGAUGAUUGAAUUAUGGUGUAAAACACAAAAGUCAUGGUAGUACUUAUAACCAAUCUUUUAUUCUGAAGAUAUUAUUAGAGAAAUGCCUAAAGAGGGUAAUAAGUAUUCAGUGGUUGAUAAAAUGUGGAGAGCAUUAAUGUUGGCUACAUUCCAAUAGCCCUUAGUGAUGGAAGCAUGUUUCCAGAAUAGAAUGAAGGAGAACUUUGUAUUUAUGAUCGAACAGUUGGAUUAAGUUAUUAAAAGCUUGAAUGAUUUUUUGAAUAAGAAGAGAACAGCAUUUCCAAGGUUCUUCUUCUUGUCUAACGAGGAACUUCUAUAGAUAUUAGCUUAGGCAAGAGAACCAAGAGCUGUGCAAAGACAUUUAUAGAAAUGUUUUGAGGGGAUAAAUGAAAUUACAUUUUAGGAUAAUAUGUUGAUAACUCAUAUGAUUAGUAGUACUUAGGAAAUAAUAAAGUUGAUUACUGAUGUAAAUCCAUUAAAUACAGAACAAGCAGUAAGAGGAGUUGAGGAUUGGUUAUAUGAAGUUUAAUAGUCUAUGAAAUUAACAAUUAAAACUUUGAUUCCUUAGGGUGUUCAAAUAGUUUCGGCAAAUACAUUAGAUAAAUCCAUAGUCUAGAUUCCUGCUUAAUUGUGUGUAUUGGCUCAUGAGAUCAUAUUUACUAAUAUGGUUACUUAAUUUAUUUCUGAUUACGAGAAGGAUGCCACUUCUAUUGACAAAUGCAUUCAGUAAGCUAACAAAGUAUUGAUGAGUACAGUUUAAUUAUUGCAUCAUGAAAUAGCAAAUGAAAAUCAUUUACAAGCAUUAGGUGUGCUGAUAGUUUUAUAAGUUAAAUAAAAGGAUAUCACAUAGGAAUUAAAAAGCAAGAAUGUGAGAAGAGUGGAUGAUUUUGAGUGGAUGUCAUAAAUGAGAUAUUACUUAGAGAAAGAUGUAAUUGUCAAAAUGCUUCAUACCUAAAGAGUUUAUGGUUAUGAAUAUUUGGGUAAUCAAUCAAGGUUGGUUAUCACACCAUUGACUGAUAGAUGCUAUAGAACAUUGAUGGCAGCAUUGCAUAUGAACUUAGGUGGUGCUCCUGAAGGUCCAGCAGGUACAGGAAAGACUGAAACCACAAAAGAUUUAGCUAAAGCAAUGGCCAAACAUUGUGUGGUGUUCAAUUGUUCAGAUUCAUUAGAUUAUUUAGCUAUGGGUAAGUUCUUUAAGGGAUUGGUGAGUUGUGGUUCAUGGGCAUGUUUUGAUGAGUUCAAUAGAAUAGAAUUAGAAGUCCUUUCAGUUAUAGCUCAAUAAAUACUGGUGAUUUAGACAGCAAUAGUCAGGGAUAAUUCGUAGAGGGUUCCUUCUAGAGUGUUCUAAUUUGAAGGGUAGUAAUUGACAUUGGAUUCAACCUGUGCUAUUUUUAUUACUAUGAAUCCUGGAUAUCAAGGAAGAAGUGAAUUACCAGAUAACUUAAAAGCCUUAUUCAGAAGUGUUGCUAUGAUGAUUCCAAAUUAUGCUAUGAUUACAGAAAUCUCUUUGUAUUCCUAUGGGUUCACAGAAGCCAGGGAGUUAAGUAUUAAAAUUACAACAUCUUUGAAAUUGGCCUCUGAAUAAUUAUCUACUCAGUCUCAUUAUGAUUUCGGUAUGAGAGCAGUUAAGUCAAUUAUUUUGGCUGCAGGUAGGUUAAAGAGAGAAACAAACACCAGCGAUGAAAUCAUAGUAUUGAGAGCUAUUGAGGAUUGUAAUUUGCCAAAAUUCACUUAAAAAGAUGUUCCAUUAUUCAAAGCAAUCAUCUCAGAUUUAUUCCCAGGUGUUGAGCCAGAGGAGAGAGAAUACGGGGAAUUGGGUAAAUUGAUUAUGCAAUAAAUUGAAUCCAUGAGUCUUACCUAUAAUGAUAGAUUUUACACCAAGAUUAUUUAAUUGUACGAAACUGUAAAUGUAAGACAUGGUUUAAUGGUUGUUGGUGGUACAAUAUCUGGAAAAACAACAAUAAUUAAUAUAUUAUCCAAAAGUUUGCAAUCUCAUAUUUAUGGAUUGAAUCCUAAAUCAAUAACUUCAAAAUUAUUGUAUGGAGAUGUCGAUAUGGCAACUAAUGAAUGGUAGGAUGGAAUUACUGCAGUGAUCUUUAGAGAAUGUAUUGAGAAGGAAGGUAAGAAUUGGGUGUUGUUUGAUGGUCCUGUAGAUGCAUUAUGGAUUGAAAACAUGAAUACAGUAUUAGAUGAUAACAAGAAGCUCUGUUUGACAAAUGGUGAAACAAUUAAAUUAACAGAGCAGAUGAGAAUUAUCUUCGAGGUUGAGGAUUUAGCUGAGGCAUCUCCUGCCACAGUUAGUCGUUGUGGUAUGGUAUAUUUGGAACCUUAAGAAAUUGGAUGGUAGUCAUUAAUAUAGGUGUGGAAAAGCCUUUUGACUCCUAAUUUCUAGGAACCCUAAUAUAUAGAAUUGUUCCAUUCCCUAUAUUAAUAAUUGGAAGACGUCUUUGAGGAAAUAAAAUAUAGGUAAUUGAUUUACACUGCAUCGUAAGAAUUGCUGGCUUCUAGUUGUUUAAAAUUAUUUUUUGCUUUUCUGUUGAAGAACAAGACUAAGGAUUAGUUGUUGUAGGAUAUUGAAAUGGAAAACCUUAAAGAGAUCCAGAUUAAGAGCAUUGCAAAUGGAAGAUAGUUGAAUGAUAAAGAGAAAUUUGAAGUGAUAAGUUUCUUCUUCCUUUCAGUUGUAUGGACAAUUGGAACUUUGUUGGAUGGAAAUCAUAGAAAAUAAUUCAAUCAAUUGAUUCGAUAGAAGCUGGAAUCAAAUUUAGAGGCAAAUCAAUAACCACCAAAAGAGUUAUCAGUGUUUGAGAUAUACUUCGAUAUUGAUAAAAAAAAUUGGUUGAUGUGGAAUCAAAAAUUAGAUUUCCAUAUUCCCAAAGGCACAGCUUUUCAUGAAAUCUAUGUGCCAACAGCAGAAUCGGCAAGUGUAUAAGGUUUAUUAAGAAUCUUUUUGAAUAAACAAUUGCCAGUGUUAUUAUAUGGUCGAACUGGAACUGGGAAAACGAUGUUGAUAAAGAAAGUGUUGUUAGAUGAAUUGGAUUAAAGCAAAUUCAUUCCUACAAUAACUGCAUUUUCAGCAACUACUAAUAGUGGAUAAGUGUAGGACAUUUUGGAAUCGAAGUUGGAAAAGUAAAAAAGAAGAAAAGGUAUUUAUGGACCUGAAAUUGGUAAAUGCAAUAUAAUCUUCAUUGAUGAUUUGAAUAUGCCUUAGAAGGAGUAGUUUGGAGCACAACCACCACUUGAAUUAAUUAGACAAUGGUUUAUUUAAUCAGGAUGGUAUGAUAAGAAGUCCUUGGAAUUCAAGACCAUUAUGGAUAUUUAGUUUUGUGCAGCCAUGGGAUUCGGAAGACCUAAUAUACCUUAAAGGUUGGUUCGACAUUUUAAUAUGAUUUAUGUGUUGUCUUCCUCAGAUGAUGCAAUGAAAUACAUUUUGUCCAAAUUUUUUGAAUAUGGAUUUGAUGAGUACGUAGACAAAGUGAAGUUUGUUUCAAAAUAAUUGCCAAGUUUAUGCUUGAGAGUGUAUAAGGAAGUGAGUUAAAGAUUUCUACCAUUGCCUUCAAGAUCUCAUUACUUAUUCAACUUAAGAGAUUUAAUCAAAGUCGUUAGAGGAUUAUUGAUGGUACCUAGUAACAAAUAUGAUGCGACUGGAGAUGCCAAAUAAAAACUAUUGAAAUUAUGGGCUCAUGAGAACAUGAGAGUAUUCUAGGAUAGAUUAGUGGAUGAGAAGGAUCAUAAAUAAUUUGAAUAGAUUUUAGUAGAGAUCUUGGAUGAAGAUUGUGCUUUGAAAUACUCCGAUAUUGUCGGAUAAUCAUGUAGAUAUGGAAAUUGGUUAGAACCUCAUACUCUUUAUAAAAUAUAUGUUGAACUAGAUGAUAAUAACAAAGUUAUGGAGGUUUUAAAUGAGUACAUUGGUGAAUUCAAUGACUUUUAUCCUAAGUUGAAAUUGAACAUAGUAUUGUUUGAAGAUGCCAUAGAAUUUAUCUGUAAAAUCAAUCGUAUAAUCAGUCAACCCUUUGGAAAUGCUUUGUUGAUAGGGUUGGGAGGAACUGGAUGCAGAACUCUAUCAAGAUUGAGUGCUUUUAUGUAGGAUUUCAAGAUAGGAGAAUUAGAUUUCGAUAAAGACUUGCUAGAGUGGUAUGAAUUUUGGAGAGAGAUGUUCAAGAAUCUAUCAUUAAAAAAUGACAAAAGCAUUUUCCUAUUAUCAGAUCAAUAAAUAGUGACUGAAAUAGUACUGGAGGAUAUCAACAACAUUUUGAAUAUUGGGGAAAUCAUUAAUCUUUAUAAUUACGAUGACAAAGAGAAUCUAUUAAGUGACUUCAAAGAGAAUUUAUAAAAGGAUCGAGAAACCAGAAUCCAAGGGAACAUCAGUAUGUUAUAGUUAUGGGAAUUGUUUGUUAAACAAUGUAAAGCCAAUCUGCAUUUAAUUAUUUACUUGAGUCCAGUUGGAGAUAAAUUAAAAACAAGACUUAGAAAUUUCCCAUCUCUUGUUUCAUGUACUUCUAUUUUAUGGAUGGAAAGCUGGUCCCAAUAAGCAUUGCAACAAGUGGCAGAACAUUUGCUACCAGAAUCUAGCAUUGCUCAAGCUUGUGUUGGAAUCCAUCAUGCUGUUGAAUCCAUGACUGAAGUAUAUUUAAAAAGAACGGGCUAUCAUUACUAUGUCACACCCUUAUCUUAUAUCCAAUUACUGAAUAGUUUCUAAUCCAUGUAUAAUCAAUACUCAAAUUCUAUCCAAUAGAAGAGAGACACAUACAUCAACGGAGUUAAGAUGUUGGAUGAGUGUGGAUUGGUUGUGGAUAAGAUGAAGGAAGAACUUGAAGCCUUGUAACCUAUUUUGGUUCAGAAAACUCAUGAGACUGAUUUAAUCAUGAAGAAAGUCGAGUAGGAAACUGCCAUUGCAGAAGAUCAAAGAAUGAAGGUAAAGGAGGAUGAAAUUGAAACUUCCAAGAAGGCAGAAAUAGCACAAAAUAUAUCGAAUCAGUGUUAGGAGAGAUUGAGUGAAGCAGAACCUCAAUUAGAAGCUGCAAUCAAAGCUCUUAAGACACUUAAAAUAUCCGAUUUUGUUGAAAUGAAAGCAUUGAAAAACCCUCCCAAACCUAUCAGAUUGACUAUGGAUUCUGUUUGUAUCAUGUUAGAGAGGAAACCUAAGAAGGCACCUGAUGGAGGUGAAGACUAUUGGGAGGAAGCUGGCAAAGUGUUAAGUGAUCCUGGGAAGUUUAUUAAGAUGCUUGAAAAGUACAAUAGAAACAACAUUCCAGAGAAAGUCAUUACUAAAAUGACUUAGUUCUUAGAUAAAAAUAAACAAUUCCAACCGGCUCUUAUCUCUAAGGCAAGUUAAGCUGCUGAAGGACUAUGUUUAUGGGUUUUGGCUAUCUAUAAGUUCCAUUUUGUUUAUAAGGAAAUCACUCCAUUGAGAGAAGAAUUCGACAAAGCUUAGUAAUCUUUAAAAGUGGCCUAAAAUGAACUUGCUGCCAAACAGUAGUUAUUGCAUGAGGUUGAAGAAAAAUGUCAAGAAUUAAGAGAAACCUUUGAGAAUGAAAAUUUCUAAAAGUAAAAGCUUAAGGCAUAGAUCCAAGAUUGUGAAGUCAAAUUAAAAAGAGCAUUAGAAUUGACUAGCGGUUUGGCUGGAGAAAAAAAUAGAUGGAAAGAAGAAUCCAUUAAAUUGUCAAAUAAUAUCAAGUCGCUUUUAGGAGAUAUGUUAUUAUCUGUUGGAUAUUUAUCAUAUAUGGGAGCAUUUACCAUCUCCUUUAGAAAAACAAUCUUAAAUAAAUGGCAAUAGAUUAUCAAGGAGUAGAAUGUGCCCAUUUCAGAAUCUUACUCUUUACUUGAUUGUCUAAGUACACAAUUUGAAUUGCAAGAAUGGAUACUUUGUGGUCUACCUUUGGAUGAUUUCAGUAAAGAAAAUGCCAUUAUCAUGUAAAAGGCUGAUAGUUAUCCCUUAAUCAUAGAUCCUCAAGGGUAAGCGAAUAAAUUCAUUCAGAGAAAAGAGAAGAAAGUAAAUGAGCAAAACUUUAAAGUUGCUAAAUAGGAUAGAUACUUAGGAAAUAUCUUAGAAACAGCAGUUAGAGAUGGCCAAAUAUUAUUGAUUUAAGGCAUCGAAUAAUAAUUGGAUCAAAUCCUGGAUCCAGUGUUAAGUAAACAAUAUUAGAUAGCAAAUGGCAAACCUAUGUUAAGUAUAGGCGGGAAUCAAGUUUAUGUCCAUCCUGGAUUUAGAUUAUACCUGGUGACUUCAUUAUCAAAUCCACACUAUACUCCAUCUAUUUUGACAAAAGUUACUUUGAUUAACUUUACUAUUACUUAGGAGGCCUUAAAAGAUCAAAUGACAUCAAUAUUAGUCAGAGAGGAAGAUGCCUAAUUGGAAGAUGAGAAGAUUAGAAUAAUGAACGAUAACAACUAUUACAAAUAAAAAAUGAAAUAGAUAGAAUCUCAGAUUCUAGAGAUGUUAUCGAAGACUGAAGGUUCAUAAAUGUUAGAAGAUGAAGCAUUAAUUUUAUAAUUACAAUAAUCGAAGAUAUUAUCUGAAGAAAUCACAUUAAGAUUGAAAGAAGCAAAAUAAACAGAAGAUCGCAUUAAUCAGAAUAGAUUGCAUUAUGAUCUUUUGUCUACAUUCGCAUCUCAUACGUAUUUCAGUAUACUGAAACUCAACUAUUUAGAUCCAAUGUAUGUAUUCUCAUUAGAAUUCUAUUAAAGAAUAUUUAAGAAGGCAAUAAGGAUAGCAGAAAAACCCCAUUAGAAAAAUAUCAAAUAGAGAAUUGUGUUUAUAACUGAGUCAUUAAAAAGAGUUGUCUUUUAAGAGAUCAGCAGAUCCAUAUUUGUGAAACACAAGAAUCUGUUCUCAUUCAUGUUAUUGAUAACAUGGUACAAUAGCAACAAUCUCAUAACUAAUAAUGAAUUACAAUUUCUAUUGACAGGAUCAGUCUUGAAUGGAGAAAGAUUUAAUAUUGAAAAUCCAGAUCCAUCGAUCUUCACUUAGAAUUAAUGGGAAAUGCUAAACAAUUUACAUUCCAUCAUUCCGGGAUUAUAAAUUGCUAAUAGCCAAUCAAUGAUCUCAUAUUUAGAUGAUCCAUAAAAGAAUCAAAUACCUGAAUAAAUCAAACAUCUAUCAACCUUUUAAAGACUAUUGCUGAUUAGAGCAGCAAGACCACAAUAUUUUGGUUAUUAUAUGAGAGAAUUAAUAGCUGAAGAUUUGGGACAGUAUUUCACUUAAAAUCUUCUGUUUGGUUUAUAAGAGAGUUUUGAAGAUAGUAAUACUACUAUACCAUUGAUAUUUGUUUUAUAGCCUGGUGAUGAUCCUUAAGAAGAAGUUAAGAAGUUCAGUUUUGAGAGAGGAAAGGUUUUGACUUUUGUAUCUUUGGGUAAAGGACAGGGAGAGAAUGCAACCAAUUUGAUUAUGGAAUCUUUGGCUUUGGGUUAAUGGGUCAUAUUAUAAAAUUGUCAUUUAGCAAUUAGUUGGUUGCCACAAUUGGAUAACCUAUUAUAAAAUAUCAAUAGUGAAUUACUUAAGAAGGAGAAGGACAAGCUUAUGAAAAUCAACACAGAAUUUAGAUUGUGGAUGACUACUAUGAGCACUCCCUCAUUUCCAUAGUAAUUAUUGAUGGACGCUGUCAAAAUGACCAAAGAUCCCCCUAAAGGAGUCAAGGAUAAUAUCUAACAGAUCUAUUUGAAUUAGAAUAGUUCAAAGAAUGAGAAGAAAUUCUACGAGAGUUGUGGGGAGAAAACAUAGGAGUUCAAGUAAUUUUAUCUAGCGUUGUGCUAUUUCCAUGCAAUUGUCAGAGAAAGAAGAAGAUAUGGACCUGUAGGGUGGAAUAUUACUUAUGAUUUUAAUGAUUCGGAUUUUAGAAUAUCCAUUCGCUAACUGAAAUAAAUGCUUAUGGAUUAUUAAGAGAUCCCAUUCACAGCAUUAAUUUAUCUAACUGGUGAAUGCUAUUAUGGUGGUAAGGUCACUGAUGACUGGGAUAGAAGAUGUUUGAGAGUUCUAUUAACUACAUUCUAUAGGAUGGAUAUCUUUUAUGAAAAUUAUAAAUUCAGUCCUAUCCAAGAAUAUUGCAUACCAGAUGCUCAACAAUUAAAUACCUUAGAAUAAGCUAUUGAUUUUAUUAAUCUAUUACCUGAGACCUCGUCUCCAGAGUUGUUUGGUUUGCAUCCAAAUGCAUCCAUCACUCAAGCCUAAUUGGAAACUAAGCACAUUUUAAAUUGUCUUCUAGAUGUUGGAUUGGUCGAAUAAGGAGCGGAAGAGAACAUAGAUAAAAAUAAAUUAUUAUUAGACAAGGCUGAAAGUCUACUCAUCCUAAUUCCUAAGCAAUUUGAUAUCAAUGUGGUCUAAGAGAAAUUCAAAAUUGACUAUUAUGAAAGCAUGAAUACUGUCUUAUUGUAAGAGGUAUUGAGAUACAACAACCUAUUGAACAUUCUAUAAAAAUCAUUGCAGGAUUUGAUUAAAGCUGCUUAAGGUUUGAUUGUGAUGAGUUAACAAUUAGAAAGGAUGGGAGAAUGUUUACUCAACAAUAUCUUACCAGAAUUAUGGAAAUAGAAAUCUUAUCCGUCCUUGAAGAGUUUGAACAAUUAUCUUUAGGAUUUGCAAUUAAGAGUGGAGAUGUUUAACAAAUGGAUAUAAUUUGGAACUCCAACUAUCUUUUGGUUGCCUGGAUUCUAUUUCACCUAAUCCUUCUUCACAGGAGUCUUGUAAAAUCAUGCUAGAAAACAUAGAAUACCUAUAGAUUAAUUGAAAUUUGACUUUUAGAUUGACGUUAAAGAAGAAGAGGGAAUUAUAAUUGAUGGAUUAUACUUAGAAAGUGGUAAAUGGAAUUAAGAAGAAUAAGUGAUAGAUGAACCUGUUAAUGGAGUCAUCUAUUAAAAUUUCCCUAAGAUCUAACUCUUACCAAAAUAAAACUUCAUUGAAAAUCAAGAAGAUUACAUUUGUCCAGUCUAUAAGACUCUAGAUAGAAGAGGUACCCUGUCAACAACAGGUCAUUCUACUAAUUUCAUUAUUUCCAUUCCUAUUAAAACUUAAUUAAGUGUCAGCCAUUGGGUAAAGAGAGGAACUGCUCUAGUAACAUAAUUAAAUGAAUGA